UGAAAGCAGUUCAUGGAGAAGUGAAAUAAACUUGGGAAAUGUGAUCAAGAUUUAUGGUUUGACAAGACAAUCGAGGCAUGUAAUGACACGUUUGUGCAUAUAAUUUCGUGACUAAAGAACGUAUUCGCCAUAUAGCUACUUCGCUGAUGGAUGUAGCUAGCUAGCUAACGUUAGCUACAUGUGUUAUAAACUGGCCAGACCCCCAAAAUGACAGCUACUGUAGAUAGCUAUCCAGUAACUGUCAGGUAAAUGAUUUUCUAAUAUUAUUGAGUAGCUAGCUUUAUAACCUAAAUUGCAGGUGAUAAUAGCAAAUCUUUGCUGUAAUAGCUUUUGACUUGACCUUCUAGGUUUAAUUUCAUUUGAUGUGAUACUAAUUCUAGCUAGCACAAAUUAAUAACCUACCUCAAGUUAAUGUAAUUGCUAAAAUAUAGUUAAUUAUCAAAAGUCAUGAAUAAUUUCAAUUUGAUCAUGACUGUUCAAUACAUUACACAUAAGUCAUUGGACGAAAGACGUCUUGUAAGGGAGAGUUUUGUUAAGAGCCGCGAUGCUCGGUCACACGCAUCGCUUGCGGUACGUUUUUUUUGUGCAUAAGGACCUUAUGUUAUAUAUCGGCGAGAAAUAAUUUUCUAAAAACAAAAUGUUAAAAUGAUAGGCACCAUUAUAGGGUUAGGGUUAUCACGUGGCCAAUUAGCUUUGUGCAUCUCCGAACACCGUUAAAACAGUGUACAGCACGGGUUUGGUGGCACCUUCAUUUGGGAGAACAGGCUCGUGCUAAUGACUCCAGCGAAAUGUAUGGAACUGGGCAAAGCCAAGUUGCUGAGGUCAGGUCUGAACACGCUACACCAAACCAUCCACCCCGUCCACGGGAUAGCCUGGACUGACGGGAAGCAGGUCUGCCUCACCUCCCUCUACUAUGACAACUGCGAAGUCAAAUUCGGCGACACCAACGUCAUCGGUCAAUUUGAGCAUGUAUUCAGCCUCUCCUGGGGCCCUCUGUGCUGUUCCGGUGCUCCUGCCCUGUUGGCCGUCCAACACAAGAAACAUGUCACAGUGUGGCAGCUGCAGCUCAGCGCUCUGGAACAGAACAAGCUGCUCUGCACUCAGACCUGUGAGAUGAGCGAACCGUUCCCCCUUCUGUCUGAGGGGUGUGUCUGGCAUCCCAAGAUGGACAUCCUUUCUGUCCUCACUAAGAAAGAUGCCUCUGUGCUGUUCUGCGUCCGCGUGGACAACCGUAGGGUCAAGGCUGAUAUUAAAGGCAGUGGACUCAUCCACUGUGCCUGCUGGACCAAAGAUGGCACCCGGUUGGUUUUGGCUAUAGGAAGCGCCCUUCACUCCUACAUCUAUAACGAUGUUCAGAAGAGUCUUUUAGCCUGCUCCUUCUGCCCCAUCUUUGACGUGGGCGGGUACAUCUGUGCCAUCGAGUCAACAGGCGAGGCCCAGGUGGCAGUAGCUACAGAGCUGCCUCUGGAUAGGAUCUGCGGGCUGAACGCUGGCAUAGCAUUUGACGUGUCCUCAGAUUCAGAGUCCUCCCUACCUGGACAUUCUUCUCCUAUGGUGAUGUUGGACGAGGAUGGCUGUAUAGACCCCCGCAGGAGGUCCUUUGACUCUGAGAGGUCCUACCUCUCCUGCUCUGCCUCCGGCGGUCCUAUGGACCUCACCCACCUCCUGGCUAAGCACCGGCGCUCAGACCCUAGUCCACUCUUACACCUACGCCGCAGGGACCACCUGACUGGCUCUGGACAGGAUUCGUCGCACCUUAUCCUGGUAACCUACGAACGGAAAGUCACCAGCACCAGUAAGGUCAGCAUCCCUGGGAUCCUGGUGCCAGACAUUGUGGCCUUUGACUCCAGAGGUUCCACGGUGGCAGUGGCCUCCAACACAUGUAGCAUGGUACUGGUCUACUGCAUCACACCGUCCACCAUGCCCAACAUCCAGCAGAUCUCCUUACAGAAAAACGAGAGGCCCAAAGGCAUCUGCUUUCUUGGUGACAAGAUGUUGCUUCUCAUGAUUGGCAGACAGAAGUCCAAAGACCCUGCCUUCCUCCCCUCCUCCAAUACGGACAAAUAUAUCCUGCGCCUCGCAUCCAAGGAGAUUGUCUACAACGGAGGAACCCCGGCGUGUCCCUCCCCGAAUCGAGAAUCCCCCGUUAGACGCCACUCGAAGCAUGUCUUCUCUAAAGAUGAGCAGCAGGAGCUUGUUGAGAUUAAGGAGCUGGUGCUGCCGGGAGGAGAUGUAAUCCAGUCCCAUUCUCCAGGGAGCAGCAGGAGGAGGCUGGUGGAGGAGGUGAGAAGCCCGGAGCCCAGCUCAGUCACCAGCUCAGUGGACUUCUCCUACUCUGACCUCUGUCACACCUCUGACCAACCUCACUCUAACGCUUCCUCCAUUACGGUCGAAAACUUCCACACGGAACCCGUCAACCGAAUGACGAUGCUCUCCAUGGCAGGACAGGCUAGCAGGGAGUCAAGUCAAACCUGCUCCCCAUACUACAACCCUAGGGAUAAGCCCCACACGGAGCUCCCCACCCUGCCCAAAACCACCCCCUUGGCCCCCAGAGAGAAGGAGAGGAACCUGGAGCAGCUAUCUCAGAACAUGGAGAGGAUUUUCUCUCGUUUUUCUGAGGUGCAACAGUGUCUGACAGAGAUCAGGGACUUCACCCGGAACGGCAAAAGGGGUCUGGGGACUAGUUACCCCAAUGCCUGUGAUCCUCCAUACGUUAACAUCACAUGUCAGAAGCAGCUGUCUGAGAAUGUGUUUAUAGAUGAGAGAAGGCCAGUGUUGUUGUGUGAGGGGAAGCUGUGUCUGAAGGUUCUUCAGGAGCUCUUCAACGUCACUAUAGUAGAGAUGGUGUAUGGUCCGUUGUGGAUAGUCCUGGUAGCGGAUGCAGAGGGCUUUGUACCCCUGAUUUUUAAACCCAAAGAGGAGUUGACGGUGAGGAACGGAAAGAGUAAAUCUCCCAUCAGGACCCCUGGCAGCCCAGACUCCUGCCCCUCCAGCCCAGUCAAAUCUCCCUCCAGCCCAGUCAAAUCUUACCCCAACACAGAGACUUGAACACAGCAUAAAUCUCAAAACAGACUUCAGUAUAGUGGGAGAGAGCACACAGCAUGGGACUACCGCCUAGCAUAACAUAUGAGAUGUCAAUGCUUUAUGCAUGCAUAUCUAAAAACUGCACACGCAAAGACUCAACCCCUCGGCAGCUUUUUAUGAACAAGCAGUACUGGGUGGCAAAUGUUCCUUUUUCAGUUGGGGGAUUAUUCAAUACACCUUUGAAAGAAGCACCUUUCAAACAGAAUGUUUACAUUUAGUGACUUUGGGAGAUUAUAUUUUUUGGGGCUUUGUAUUAUAUGCCCAUCUGGUUCAAGAUGAAGUUCUGUUUUUUUAAUCAGAGCACUGAGGUAAGAUAGUGUGGUGUUUUGGCUGGCAGAGUUCAGUAGCUGCCACCAAAUCCCAAAGAGAUGUAUCCUGUUUGUGUGUUAUACGAUUGUAUAUUAUUAAAACGUUCAAAUGUUUAAAA